UGGCGGAUGGCGGCGGGUGGUACCGGCGCUGUUGAUGAAAGAAACAAGGCAUAAUCAUGGCUGACAACAGUACUCUGGUGUCUGAAACUGGGAGAAGCCUCUUGGCUGAUUCUUCUGUUCUGGAUUCAAAAAUUAUAGAAACCUCCAAAGAGAAUGUGUUCCGUGCAGCUGUUCUGGAUGUUGAAGCAGAAGAAAUGCCUCAAAUAGAAACAAGAUUGGUUUUGGUUCAGGAAGCAGGGAAACGUGAGGAGCUUCUGAAAGCCUUGGAGACCAUUAAGAUAAUGGAAGUACCUGUUAUAAAGAUAAAGGAAAGUAGUCCUGAUAAAUCAGAAGAAAAACUAAUAAAAAGUAUUAUUCAUAUGGAAAUUAAAAUGCCCUACAUAAAGACAGACACGAUCGAAGAGCUUGGAGAUUCUGAUUGCCCAGAAUUUGAGACGAUCUUCGUUGUGUCAGACUUCCAAGCUCCCAUCUUUAGCAACCUCUGCAAGGCAGAUUGCCGAGUCAUCGGGCCACCAGUCGUGCUGCACUGUGCACAGAAGGGAGAGCCUUUACCUUUCUCCUGCCGUCCACUGUACUGCGCAAGUAUGUUGAACUUGGUACUGUGCUUUACAGGAUUCAGAAAGAAAGAUGAAUUAGUUAAGCUUGUGACCUUGGUUCAUCAUAUGGGUGGAAUUAUUCGAAGGGACUUUAGCUCGAAAGUUACUCAUCUGGUGGCAAACUCAACACAUGGAGACAAAUUCAGAAUUGCUGUAAGUCUUGGUAUUCCUAUCGUGAAAGCUGAGUGGAUUUAUAAGGCGUGGGAGAAAAGGAAUGAAAUUGAUUUUUGUGCAGCUGAUGAUGACUUCAGAAACCAGUUCAAGGUUCCUCCCUUUCAGGAUUGCAUGUUAAGUUUCCUGGGAUUCUCUGAUGAUGAGAAAGCUAACAUGGAAGAAAUGACAGAAAUGCAAGGAGGACAUUAUCUGCCAGUUGGUGAUGAAAGGUGUACACACUUGGUGGUUGAAGAAAGUACCGUAAAAGAUCUUCCAUUUGAACCUUUAAAAAAACUUUAUGUUGUAAAGCAAGAGUGGUUUUGGGGAAGCAUUCAAAUGGAUGCCAGAGCUGGAGAAUCCAUGUAUUUGUUUGAGAAGUCAGAGAGUCCUGACUUCAAGAAGUCGGUGUCGCUGCUCUCCCUGAGCACUCCCAACAGCAACCGCAAACGGCGCCGCUUGAAAGAGACUCUGGCCCAGCUGACCAGGGAAACAGACAUGUCCCCAUUCCCUCCUCGGAAACGCCCCUCAGCUGAACAUUCCCUCUCUAUUGGCUCCUUGCUGGAUAUUUCCAACACUCCUGAGUCAAGCACUGCCAGUGGAGAAACACCAAAAUCCUGUGCAAGACCUUCCAAAAACUCAACUCCUCUUCCUGUCAAGCAGUCUGCAAGAUGGCAGGUUGCGAAGGAAUUGUAUCAGACAGAAAGUAACUAUGUUGAUAUUCUGACAACAAUUAUUCAGUUAUUUCAAGUUCCAUUGGAGAAGGAAGGACAACUUGGGGGACCAAUCCUUGCACAGGAAGAGAUCAAGACCAUAUUUGGCAGCAUUCCAGAUAUUCUUGAUGUGCACAUUAAAAUCAAGGAAGACCUGGAAGAUCUUAUGAUAAAUUGGACUGAAAGCAAAAGUAUUGGUGAUAUCAUUCUCAAAUAUUCAAAAGACUUGUUGAAAACAUACCCUCCGUUUGUGAAUUUCUUUGAAAUGAGUAAGGAGACAAUUACAAGAUGUGAAAAGCAGAAACCAAGGUUUCAUGCCUUUCUAAAGAUAAAUCAAGCUAAGCCUGAAUGUGGCCGCCAAAGCCUUGCUGAGCUCCUCAUCCGUCCUGUUCAAAGGCUGCCCAGUGUUGCCCUACUACUAAAUGAUAUUAAGAAACAUACAGCAGAAGAGAACCCAGAUAAAGUAACUCUAGAGAGAGCUAUUGAAUCAUUAAAGGAGGUGAUGACACACAUUAAUGAAGACAAAAGGAAAACAGAGGCACAAAGGCAGUUCUUUGAUGUCGUCUAUGAGGUGGAUGGAUGUCCAGCCAAUCUCCUGUCCUCUCACCGCAGCUUGGUUCAGCGUCUGGAAACUGUAGCCCUUGGUGAUGACCUCUGUGACAGGGGAGAGCAGGUCACACUCUUUCUGUUCAAUGAUUGCUUAGAGAUUGCGAGGAAGCGGCAUAAAGUUAUUGGAGCUUUCAAGAGUCCCCAUGGCCACACAAGGCCCCCUGCAUCUCUCAAGCAUGUUGUUCUCAUGCCUCUCUCCCAGAUCAAGAAAGUCUUGGACAUCAGGGAGACAGAAGAUUGCCAGAAAGCUUUUGCCUUAGUUGUGAGGCCACCUACAGAACUGAACAACAAGCUGCUCAGUUUCCAGAUGACAACUGAAGACCCUCGCAAGGAGGACUGGCUGAAGACAUUGUGUCGGCACGUGGCCAACACCAUUUGUAAAGCAGAUGCAGAAAAUCUCAUUUAUGUUGCUGAUCCUGAUUCAGUUGAAGUAAAUACUAAAGAUAUGGACAGUACUUUAAGCAGAGCAUCCAGGGCAAUAAAGAAAACAUCUAAAAAGGUCACGAGAGCCUUUUCGUUCUCCAAGACACCCAAGCGAGCUCUCCGCAGGGCCCUGAUGUCUCACAGCGCCACGGAGGGGCGGAGCCCCAGCGCCGCUAACGAGGCUUACAUCGGCAGCCGCCUGACGAGCACCUCGUCCCUAGCGAUUGCUCGUUCCUCUUCCACCUACAGCCUAAGUGGAUCUGUCAAAUGUGCUGUUAAUGUCCAUUGCUCCAGUUCUGUUGACUUGAGCUCUCAAAAUUCCAAGCCUCGACCUGUGCUGUGUCCUGGCUCUCCAAAUACUCAUCUUUCAAAUGCUAUAGAAGCAGAAGCCUCUUCCAACUUGGAAGGCUUAAAUGGUCAUGCCUUGGACAGAUCAUGUUCUUUCCCUGUUACUGCUGCCACUUGUGCCAAUGCUGGAGAUGAUAACCAGCGUGGUGCUGGGAAAUUCUGA